AUGGUGAAACUUGGGCUUUCGGCUGGUUUCCUCAAAGUCAUGCGAGAUCAUCCGGGCCCACCGUCUGUAACAAAUGAUGAGCGUUGGCAUCAAGGUCAUGUCAAACUCAUCGCUUGUAACGAUCAGAGGUCGCGCGAUCUCUAUACGCUUGCUGUCGGCAUGCUGGGCGAAGUUUGGUCAGGUGCAAAACUCGAGGUCGUUGCAAAGGAAGAUAUUCCAUGCAGGCCGAGAGCUUGCGCUUGGAUCCCUAAAGAACCCUCAUGUCUAGAUGACAUACGUAAGAUGAUUAAGAGCAGUAACCCGGACCUUCCUUGUCACGACUGGAAGAUCGUGAAACUGGAGGACCCAAAUCGUCUUUAUCGAAAUGUGAUUAUCGUAAUCAAUAAAGACUCUUUAGCUUUUCUGGCGCGAGUUAAAAGAUGGGGUAGACGCUCCAUGAAAGCCUUCACAACCCUUUCUUAA